AGAAAAAAAAACAAAACAGAAAAGCCCUGGGCGCACAGCCGUAAAGGUCUAGGGAGCCCCACGACUACACUGUCACUUCAGUCAUACUUUGACCUGCAAACAAAGACUUCUGUGCCUAAAGAUGCCCCUUUCAAGCAGCUCCACGUCCUCCACAAAGAGCAUCCGCAGAGCAGCAUCCGAGCUGGAGAGGUCUGACUCCAUCACGUCUCCAAGAUUCGUCGGUAGGCGUCAAAGCUUGAUCGAGGAUGCGCGCAAGGAGAGGGAAGCCGCCGCUGCAGCGGCAGAGGCUGCAGAGGCCAGUGAACAGAUAGUGUUUGAGGAGGAUGACGGAAAAGCCCUGCUCAACAUCUUCUUCACUUUAAGAACCUCCAAGACACCUGCUCUGUCCCGGACACUCAAAGUUUUUGAGACAUUUGAAUCUAAGAUUCACCAUUUGGAGACACGACCGUGCCGGAAACUCAAGGACAGCCUGGAGGGCCUGGAGUACUUUGUUCGCUGUGAGGUGCACCUCUCAGACGUCAGUACUCUGAUUAGCUCCAUAAAAAGGAAUGCGGAGGAUGUUAAAACCACCAAAGAAGUCAAAUUUCAUUGGUUCCCAAAGAAAAUAGCAGAUUUGGACAAAUGUCAUCAUCUGGUCACAAAAUUUGAUCCAGACUUGGAUCAAGACCAUCCCGGCUACACAGACCCUGCUUACAGACAGAGGAGGAAAAUGAUUGGGGACAUCGCCUUCAGAUACAGACAUGGAGAGUCGAUUCCUAGAGUGGAAUAUACAGAGGAGGAGAUUGGCACAUGGAGAGAAGUCUACUCAACUCUGAGGGAACUGUAUGUCACCCAUGCCUGCUAUGAAUACCUUGAGGCCUUCCGCCUGCUGGAAAGGUAUUGUGGGUAUAGCCCAGACAACAUUCCCCAGUUGGAGGACGUUUCACGCUUCCUUAAAGAGCGUACAGGGUUCAUUUUGCGUCCAGUGGCAGGUCUGCUAUCAGCCAGAGAUUUCCUGGCCAGUUUGGCAUUCCGGGUGUUUCAGUGCACCCAGUACAUCCGACACUCCUCCUCCCCUACACACUCCCCAGAGCCUGACUGUGUCCAUGAGCUCUUGGGUCAUGUCCCCAUGCUGGCCGACCGCACUUUUGCCCAGUUUUCACAGAACCUUGGUCUGGCAUCACUUGGGGCUUCGGAUGAAGAUAUUGAGAAACUGUCCACAUUGUACUGGUUCACCGUUGAGUAUGGCUUAUGUAAACAGAACGGUGAGGUAAAAGCUUACGGCGCUGGACUGCUUUCUUCUUAUGGAGAGCUUGUGCACUCACUGUCUGACGAACCAGAGACAAGGCAGUUUGAUCCAGAGUCCGCGGCAGUGCAGCCCUAUCAAGACCAGACGUACCAGCCUGUCUACUUCAUUUCUGAGAGUUUUUCAGAUGCCAAGGAGAAAUUUAGGGAGUUUGUGGCCGGCAUCAAGCGUCCCUUCUCUGUGCGGUUUGAUCCCUACACUAGCAGUGUAGAGGUGCUGGACAACCCGCUGAAGAUCCAAGGAGGCCUGGAGGGGGUGAAGGAUGAGCUAAAGAUGCUGACAGAUGCCCUCAGUGUUUUGUCAUGAUGAUAUCCAGUCUGUGACCACCCUGCUGUUGUUUGCUUCCUCUCUGCUGCUCUCUGCAACUUGUGACAAAACCAAUGUGUUCAUCUUGCUGUGCCUGUGCUGUACCUCCAGUAUGAUGCUGUUUCUGAUGAGUUGUUGCUUGUUUGACGAAGGCUGGUUGGCCAAUAAGGUUACAACCAAUUCAAACCUCAAUAAGCAGUGCAGGUGAAGUUUCCAAAGAUGUUUAACGUUGCGCUGGGUUUGGUUCUGUUUAGUGAAAAAAUUAUGCGAUUUUACCGACUGGGUCACUCAUGCUCGAGCGAAAUGUGUUGUUUGAGAAAUAUGUCAAAAUCUGAACCAAAAUCAAAGGGAACUGUGAUAAUGAAUGUAUUAAAAGAAAACUAAAUGAGUAUUUAAAAUCAAAGAAACAUAAUGUUAUAAUAAAGAUAAAAGGUGUAUAUUUAAAUCAGAUUUAUUUUAUUUAUCUGUUGUGUUGAAGGCUUUAUUUUUA